AAGCUCUACACGCGGUUAUUAAGAUAAAUUGAGAGAAUUCUUGUCAUGGCCUAGUGGCAACUACGUUAAGACAAGAUUGUUCUCAUAAAUGAUAAGAACUAGCUUUUAUUUGUUUGUAUUGCGUAGGGUCAUUUCCAUUUCUUUGCUGAUUUUGAAAUAAUCGUAGUUUCAGUGCACAAAACUAUCCGCAAUUAUGAGUACAAUCGGGGUAUAUGAGGGUUACAAAUCCCCUUUAAGCACGCGUUAUGCGAGCAAAGAAAUGCAGUUCCUUUUUAGUGAUCAGCAUAAAUUCGCUACAUGGAGGCAGCUAUGGGUUUGGUUGGCAAAAGCCGAGCAGUCCCUUGGUUUGGAAAUCACAGAUGAGCAAAUAACUGAAAUGCAGGAGCACGUGAAUGACAUUGAUUUCGAUGCUGCUGCUGCGGAAGAACGUCUUACAAGGCAUGAUGUUAUGGCACACGUGCACAUUUUCGCAAAGCAGUGCCCUAAAGCGGCACCAAUAAUUCAUUUAGGUGCAACGUCAUGUUAUGUUGGCGAUAAUACAGACCUUUUGAUACUGCGAGACGCUAUUGAUUUAUUAUUACCACGGAUUGCCUCUAUAGUAUAUUGUUUAAAAAAUUUUGCCUUAAAAUAUAAAUCUCAGCCUACUCUCGGAUUUACACAUUUGCAACCUGCUCAACUCACGACCGUCGGUAAACGAUCAUGUCUUUGGAUACAAGAUUUGUUAAUGGACGAACGCGCACUUCGUCGAUGCAGGGAAGACUUGCGGUGUCGCGGCGUAAAGGGUACAACAGGAACUCAAGCUUCUUUUCUACAACUUUUUAAUGGAGACGGAGAAAAGGUUAAACAAUUAGACUUGCUUGUUACACAGUUAUCGGGAUUUGAUAAGUCUUACCCCGUUACGGGCCAAACUUACUCACGGAAAGUUGAUGUGGAAGUUAUCGGUGCAAUAGCUAGUUUAGGUACAAGCAUUCACAAAAUGUGUUCUGAUUUACGUAUUUUGGCUUCGCGCAAAGAAAUGGAAGAACCUUUUGAAAGCACUCAAAUUGGCUCAUCAGCUAUGCCUUAUAAAAGAAAUCCCAUGCGGUCCGAGCGCUGUUGUGCUUUGGCAAGGCAUAUGAUAACAUUAUUCUCUAACGCGGCUAAUACGCAUGCCACACAAUGGUUAGAGCGUACACUUGAUGACUCGGCUAAUCGUCGUUUGACAUUGUCCGAAGCAUUUUUAAGUGCAGAUGCUGUUUUAUUAACUUUGUUGAAUAUCUCACAAGGAUUAGUCGUUUACCCUAAAGUUAUCGAGCGACAUAUUUCACAAGAAUUACCAUUUAUGUCUACCGAAAACAUUAUUAUGGCAAUGGUUAAAAAAGGUGGAGAUCGACAAGUAUGUCAUGAAAAGAUUCGUGUACUUUCACAUGAAGCGGGAGCGCAAGUUAAGCAGUUUGGAAAGGACAAUGAUUUGGUUGACCGUAUUCGAAAGGACCCUUACUUUGAACCUAUACUUAAUCAGUUAAAUGAAAUACUUGAUGCUCAAACCUUUAUUGGACGAGCGAGUGCACAGGUGGACGACUUUAUAUGUGAUGAAGUUAAACCUAUCUUAGCAAAUUACGAAGAAUCUUUGAAAAGAAUACAAAAUGUUCAAUUAAAUAUUUAAGCCGUUUAUAGAGCCAAAUUCUCAGUGAGUUGUAGGCAAUCGACAAGCGGGAUUUUAAUAAUGAGUAUGUAAUCAUUAAUGAAUAAUGUGACGACUUCAAAAAAUAUACAUACAUAUAUUGCGUGUUUACAAAAGAAGCGUAUUUAUGUUUUAAAAUCAUACAUACAUUUCAUUACUAUAAUUUGAAACCAUACGCUUAAAAUAAAAAAAAUACGUUUAAAAAA